UAUACUUAUUGACUAACUGUACAGGCAGACGGCUCUGAGGGCUUGACUGCCAACAUGUCAGUGAAUCUGAAGGGCAACAUUUUGGUAACUGGGACCAACAGGGGCAUUGGUUUGGAGUUGGUGAAACAGCUAGCUGAGAAGACCGGACCAGAAACCCAGAUUUACGCCAGCUGCAGAGAUCCUGAAGGAACGAGGGCCGAGGCUCUGAGGAACGUGGCCAAUCGGUUUCCUGGAAAAAUCACUCCAAUCAAAUUUGAUACAGCAGAUGAAGACAGCAUCUCAGCUGCCUUCCAGGCUGUGAGCCAGAAGCUCGGAGCUGCUGGGCUGAAUCUUCUCAUCAAUAAUGCUGCUAUCAACAAACCGUCAGCCCCAGGAUCACUGUCAGCCACCAGGAAACAGGACAUGAUGGAAGUGUACGAAACCAAUGUUGCUGGACCAUUUAUCCUCACAAAGGUGUUUCUUCCACUCCUCCAGAAAGCUGCAAACACAAGGGACGAAGGUGAUGACAUGUCCUGCAGAAGGUCAGCCAUCAUAAACAUGUCCACUGUUUUCGCAUCUGUGAAGAAGUGUCCUGAGACCUUCCAUAUGGCCCAGAUGUACCCCUACAGGACCAGCAAGGCAGCCCUGAACAUGCUGACUUGCUGUCAAGCUGAAGACUUCAGGCGCCAUGGCAUCUUGGUGACGGCCAUCCACCCAGGCUGGGUCCAAACGGAGAUGGGUGGAGAACAGGCUCCUCUGAUGCCCCAGGAUAGCGUAGCUGGAAUGCUGCGUGUCAUGUCAACACUGAGCAACAAACACUCUGGCCUCCUUCUGGACUGGGAGGGCAACACAAUCCCCUGGUAGAAACCAUUGUGAGGACCACCAGCAUUAACAAAAAAUAACUUCAUAAUAACAAUGUUUGUGUUUUUGCCACUUUUGUCUGUAUUGUGAAAGUAAGCACUGAACAACUUUCAAUAAAGCCAUAAACUAA